AUGACCCUCGGGGAGGAUUUCCGGAGCCUAAUCAUGGGGUUGCAGUAUGGAGGCGUUCCCAGCACCAACUCCCUUUACUCCAUCUACAAUUUCUGUAGCAAGCCUUGGGUGGUAAGUUUUAACAAAUAUUAAUGAUACUGGUCAGUAAAAUGAACUCAAAGUUAAAUAGUAGGAACGGUGGGCAUUAAUGCUAGUGGAAGGGAUAUUCCUGCCACGGCAGUGGCUCAGUGGGUAGCUGGGGGAGUAGAUGCAGUGUGGUGCUAGGUGGGGAGCAGGGGCACAGUGGGUAGCUGGGGGAGCAGGGGGCACAGUAGGCAGCUGGGGGAGCAGCGGCAUAGUGGGUGGCUGGGGGAGCAGGAUCACAGUUAGGCUAGUUGAGGGAGCAGGGGACACAGUGGGUAGCUGGGGGAGCAGGGGAACAGUUAGGCUAGGUGGGGGAGCAGGGGCAUAGUGGGUAGCUAGGGAAGCAGGGGGCACAGUGGUGGUAGGUGGGGAGCAGGGGACACAGAAGGUAGGUAGGGCUGCAUGGAGCACAGUGGUGGUAGGUGGGAGACCAGGUGGCACAGUGGUGGUAGCUGGGGGAGCAGGGGCAGUGUAUUGGUAGGUUGGGGUGCAGGGGCACAGUGGGUAGCUGGGGGAGCAGGGCACAGUGGGUAGCUAGGGGAGCAGGGGCACAGUCGGUAGCUGGGGGAGCAGGGACACAGUUAGGCUAGGUGGGGGAACAGGGGGCACAGUGGGUAGCUGUGGGAGCAGAGGCACAGUCAGGCUAGGUGGGGAGCAGGGGCACAGUUAGGCUAGGUGGAGAGCAGAGUACAGUGGGUAUCUGGGGGUGCAGGGGGACAGUUAAGCUAGGUGGGGGAGCAGGGGGCACAGUAGGUAGCUGGGAGAGUUUCUCUGAAAAAGCAGUGUUUCAAACAAAAGCCCACGGGAAUAGGCUUUAGAUACCAAAACCACAACAUUAAACUGUAGUUGUUCUGGUGACUAUAGCAUCCCUUUAAAAGCAGCUCACUCAGUGCGUUUGGGGAUGAGACUGUAUGCAUACCUUUGAUAAGGACGUCUUUCUGGCAUGAGGAGGCGUGGUUAAGGAGGCAGCCUUAUAGUGCAGCAUUCUGCAAAAACAUUUUUUAUAAUGCAAAAAUAUAACGAUUUGAGCAUGCAAAAAUAUACAGCAUAUUAAUGAGGCCAAAACCUAUCAAAUGUAUUAAAGUUGUAUUGUUGCCCGGAGUGUCUGCAAUGAACUCAAAAGUGGGGUAUAGAAUACUUGGUGAACUAGGAAGAGGCAGGAGAUAAAUAGAUACAACCAUAUAAUUUUAUUUUCUAUUGGUGACACUUUUACGCUACAGUGUCAAAAACAGUAUAGGUAUGUCAUAAAAAGACUGCUAUAUUGGUACAUGUUCAAAAACAACCAAAAACCACUUUAGCACAUUCACCUUGGCAAGAUGAAACAUGGUAGAUAUAGAUUGCAGAGUAUAAUAAAAUUGUUAUAGCAGGAGGUCAUGGUCUUAGGUUGGAGGAAUGAAAACAUAUAGGGUUACUUGCUAAACUGAGAAUGUUACAUUUAGCUUUACUGAAAGCAUAGCUGACGUAGAGAAUUGUUCUAGUUUAGCUUUUUUACCUUAAAUUUGAAAUUCACUUUUAAUUUGACUUGAAUUCUCACGUUAAUGAAUAACCCUGUUAGAUAAUGUGUGGGAAAAUAUUACUAUGUCUACUUAGUCUAGCCUUCUAGUGGAACUGAUUUCCUGCAGACAGAAUGGAGCAGCAACCUUAGUGAUGGUCUCUGAUCACUGUAGCACAGUCCACUACCAUUUGCAGUCCUAAACAGUUGAUUGAGCAAAGUGACAUCAAUAGCAGAUCCUUAGAGGUCUGUUCCAGUGUGGACGGGGAUUAACUGCUUACUAUAAACUUUUACAGCAAUCAGAUAAUAUGAAAGAUUUUCUGAUUGCUUCACAUUUCCCACGGGUUUGCACAAAACCCUCUUGACCCCAUCACCCUAAGAAAAUUCAUAAUUUGUCUAAAUGUAGGACCAACCCUGUAAUACAUCCUUUGAAGAUAUCAUAGAGGUGUACUGUGCAUAUUCACAUGACGUCAGGUUUUUCAUGUAGAAAUUAGAGUCCAGAAAUGUCUCACUUAAGCUGUUUUCCUGUAGGGACAAUGCCCUCUAGCACACUUUAAAUGGACACAUAAAUAGUUGUUUCCUGUUGUCGAUCUAUUUUUCUGAAGCAGAGUUUUAUAUUUUUAUUUCUUUAACUUGCAGUAUCUAUCUAGACAUCUGUAGUCAAGGUUGGUUUUCCCAAUAGAAAAGAAGGUACAAAGUAAAAAGAGGGAGUGAGGGGAUCAGAAAGCCAUCAACACUGAAUAUUCUCUUCUAUCGUUCUACUUCAUAUACACUCAACCUCUGCAGCUGUUGAAGAAUUAGACAUCCCAGAUAGCUUUAUGGAAAUUGUUUUUUUUUAAAUGUAUUUUAUUUUCGGUUUUUCACUGGAUAUGCAUAGUAUACAAAAGGGGGAUAACGUGGGAGGGGGUACACGGAGAGAAAGAGGGGGGGGGGAGGGAGGGCGACAAUGCAUAAACAAUGUAUCAUAGUCAUACAAAAAGUAUUAAUAAUAACAUCUGUGCAUAGAGUUGGAUAUUAGUCAUUAGGCACAAUUCACCAGCUUCUGACUAUAAUACAUAUAUACAAUGGCAGUUCUGUUCAAGUUUGCCUGAAACAUUCUAAGGCACUAAUUUGCUUCUGUCCGUCCCUAACUGUUAGGACCGCCGGGGCGGGGGGGGGAGAUUGGUGGGGGGUUAGCGAGGCUGUGCUAUGGCAUAGAGUAUUUUUUAUAUUGUGUUGGUGUUGAAGAGAAGGGCAAAAAGGAAAAUGGUCAGUUAAAGGAUGUUACAAGGUGUUAGCUUGGGAAGUCCUCUUUACUGAGGAGCUUGGUAGAGUAUCAAAUAUGUCGUAGUCUCUGUUAUGUCUUUCCAUAUCUAUAGUCCACCCAUCUGCGCCACCUUGUUCCAUGUCUACGCUGCCUCUCAGUGAUACGGCUUGCCAUGUGUUCGUAAUUAUAUAUCGAGUCUAGUCUGCCCAGAAUCUCUGGUAGCGUGGGAACCUGUGUGGAUUUCCACUUUUGGGCAAUCGCAGUUUUAGUUGCCAUUAGGCAGUGGAUCGUUAAAUAGCUUUCCUCUUCGUGGAGAUUAUCUGGGAAAAUGUGUAAUAAAAAGCUUUCUGGUGUCAGUGGAACCUUGAUCCCUAGAUCCGUGCAAAAAAGUGUGUGAAUAGCCUUCCAUAAUGAUGUGAUCUGUGUACAUGUCCAAAAUAUAUGGUAUAGGGAUCCCUCUUGAUUUUGGCAUCUCCAGCAGAGUUUGUUCGCACCUGGGUAUAUGUGUGCCAAUUUUUUGGGGACCAGGUACCAGCGCAUGGUUAGUUUACAGUAGGUUUCCCACUGGUUGAGGCUAUGUGAGGCCUGCUUUGUUAGCUUCUGAGCCCGAUGCCACGUGGCUACUGGGAAUUGCAUUCCCAGGUCCAUUUCCCAAUUUGUCAUGUAGGAAGGUUUUGUUGCCGUAUACUGGGUAAGAAGUGUAUUGUAGCAGAGGGAUAGUGCUUUAACCUUGGGAAGCUUCCCCUUACAUUUAUGGACAAAUGGUGGUAUGAGGUUAUAUUCUUUCAGGAUAAUCCCGCUUUCCUGAAUAAUAUUCUUUAGCCUCAAAUAGGUGAAUAGUUCCCUGGAUGGGAUAUUAAAUUCCCUAACAAUUUCGGGGAAUGGUUUGAUGCCCUCUUGGGUUAACAAGGAACGUACCCCUGAGAUCCCCCGGCUGAGCCAGUUUUCUAGCUGUAGGUUCGUCGUGCGGGUAGCCAAGGCUUGAAGUGGUGCCUCAAGGAGUAGAUCAUUCUCCUUGAGGAAUAGAGGGAUAGUUUGUCUCCAAGUCCGGAGCAUUAUCUCCGUGGUUGGGAGCAGGUUUUUUGAUUGUACUGGUAUUGAGCUUGCCCAGAGGAACAUUGGAAUCGUGCCAGUGGACAGACAUGCGUUUUCCAACGCCAGCCACACCGGAGGGGCUUUAUGGAAAUUGUAAUUCAAAUACAGCUAAAGGGCUGUAGCAAGAAACAAACUGCCUUUGGCAAUCCUGCUGCACUACAACUCUCAACAUUAUCAGACAGCCUCGCUUGGAAUUUUAGUCCACAACAUGAAGUUGCAUUUUUCAAGCAGAAGGCAUGCUUGAACUUGCUGUGUUUGAGAUUAUUUCCAUUGUAGAAUUAAUUCAAAUGUCACAUAUAGUGGGUUUAUUUGCAAUACAGUGAGACUUGGUUGACCCCUAAGUUUCAACAUUCAAGUGAAAAUAGCUAAAUUAGAAAACGGUUUAUUUUUGUGUAGUGAUUAAACCUUUCAUUAGUUUUCAUAACUAAUAACAACUUUCUUUAAGAAGAACUUUUUGAACCGUAUAACAUUAUUAUUAUAUAACGCCAUUUAUAUAGCGCCAACAGAUUCUGUGGUGCUUUACAGUAUUAUAAGAGGGGGAUUUAACUAUAAAUAAGACAAUUACAAGAAAACUUACAAAAACGAUAGGUUGAAGAGGGCCCUGCUCAAACGAGCUUACACUCUAUAGGAGGUGGGGUAUAAAACACAUUAGGACAGGAAAUAGCAGUCAAAUUAGGUGGGAGUGAAGCAGAGCUGGAGGAGAGAGUAGAGUGCUGCCCUUUAGGAGAGAGCAAGAGACAGGUUAUGUGAGGUAGAGGUUAGCCUGGGAGGCCAUAGGCUUUCCUAAAGAAAUGGGUUUUAAGGCACUUCUUAAAAGAUUGAAGACUAGGGGAGAGUGUGAUGGGGGUAGGCAGGCUAUUUCAUAGGAAGGGAGCCGCCCGCAAGAAGUCCUUCAAGCGCGAGUUGGCCAUAAGGGUGCGAGCAACAGACAGGAGAAGGUCACGGGCAGAGCGGAGAGACCGAGAAGGGGCAUACCUUUGGAUCUGUGAGGAGAUAUAAGAGGGGCUAAGAUUAUUCAGUGCUUCAUAGGUGUGGCCUAGCACUUUGAAUUGACUCCUACAGCAUACAAGAAGCCAAUGUAAGGACUGACAGAGGGGUGAGGUGUGAGAGGACCGACUGGAGAGGAAAAUCAGUCUGGCAGCAGCAUUCAUUACAGACUGUAGCAGGGCAAUACAGCUAUUGGAAAGACCAAUUAGGAGAGAGUUACAAUAGUCCAUGCGACGGCAUGGCCUGGAUUGCACCGAGAGCAGUUGCAUGCCUGCGGAGCUCCCGAACAAUAAAUGCAGAUUAAUCGAUCCACACGAAGACAACCUGACUACUUUUCAGCCACCACGCUCAACGACACCUUGGGGAAAAGAAAAAAAGUUAAAAACUCACCCUGAGGACGGUCCAGGAAAAUAGGUGAUCUUUUCCUGGCGAGACCUAAAACUAAAAUGGCGGCGACCCCAGAUCCCAAAGCUCAUCCUCGGAGGAGGAAACACUGGAUGCUCCGGAUCCCAUACCAGCGGCUACAGACCCCAUCCCGAGCCUAGCAAUGGGCGGCCUGAGAUCUCCGGCCACCAAGGGUGACAUCCUGAAUAUACUGCAGAAACUGCGAUCCCUAUUCCGCUCAGACAUGGCGAUUUUGCAGGAGGAAGUGACCGCCGUUACUGGCAGAGUGAGGGUUGCCAGCAAGCAACGGAGGAGAAGCUAAUACACCUCCAGUCCUCACACCAGGCACUACAGGCACGGCUAGAUUGCCUAGACGACAGAAGACGACGCUCCAACAUAAAAAUCAGAGGCAUUGCCGACUCCACAGAAGACAAUGAAUUACCACAACUUACCCGACGCCUCUUAGUCACAAUACUUAAUCCCAAGCAGACAAAGACUGUGCUAGUGGAGGGCGUACACAGACUCUCCAAGUCGCCAAGAGCCCCAACGGAGGCCUCCCGCGAUGUCCUUCUCCGAUUACAGUCUACCCGGGACAAAAUGGCGGUGAUGGCGGUGCUCGGCGGCCAGAGCCCAUACCAAUUCGAGGGCAUGCAGCUUACCUUCCUGCAGGACCUUUGCAAAGCUACUUUGACCUGGAGACGGUCCGUGCAGUGAGUCACCACAACCCUCAGAGCGGCUGGAGUCAGGUACCGAUGGGGCCCAUCCAUGCUAGUAGUUACAAAGGGAGCAACAACUUAUCGACUGACGUCGACAGAAGACGCAGAAACUUUCCUCGGUAAACUAGGACUUAAAACAAUAUACUCCUCCUCCGACGAACCCUAACUGCUCCUGGGACAUCCCCAACAGCGUCCCAUUUGUGCCACACUCCGCUGCUGACACAGGCUGAAACAUAGGGACAUGCAGGAUAAAGCCACCUGGCUAAGGAACCACCGGACUCCAACAGACCAUAUGACACCUGGUCACAGAGCUUUUUAUUUUUCUAUUCUUAUCUUUUAUUCUUGUCUUGUUUUGUUUUCCUUGCAUUUCGUAAAAUUGUUAGGUGUUUCUUACAACACUAUCGUACCCUAUACGCAGGACAGACUCCCAUGCCCCCUUUACCGCUGCAGAGAGCACCCCCCCAUACGAAAAGCGCAACCAAUAGGUCAGAGAAGGCACGGCAGCAGGCCACUCUCCUCUCAUAACCAGCAGGGCUUGAUGGUACACCCCAUAAAAGCCACUGCUUAGCACCCAUUAUAAUUACCGUUAAACCCUGCUUCGCUCUCCUGGAGUGCCUUUAACCAAAAGACUCAACGUCUGGAACACAUAAAGAACCCUAUGCUUCCAACCAACAAGCUAAGACCACUUAAAAUCACAGACGUGCCUAUCACGCAUGUGCGUAUCGACAACUCUACCCUUACCAUGAACAACACAAUAGAAGAUGGGGCUACAAUGCUUAAUUAAAAUCGGUAUACUAAAACACGAAAACAAUACUCUACUUCAUUUGACUACCAGAACUAAGACUAGCCCAUCUCACGUAGGAUGAGAAUUAUCCCCUUCCCUCUCCAGAUUAUGCACAGCCGUUAAGACGGUUAGGUGUCCCACUCCUUUGUUAUGCGGUGUACAGUAUUAUUCUAUAUGUGCCUAGAGAGAGACAUCUCCCCUCCAACCCCAUCAUUUAUUUUUAUUUUUUUAGAUCGGUGACCUUAGACUAACACAGCCUACUCUUAUUCAUAAAAUGUGCACUCUACUCACUUAAAUGUCCACAUAAAUGUCAUACUAUGUUUGAUGCCCAGUUUGUACUAGCUGUUGUGGCAGUACAAGCUCACUUGUUUAUUGAAUGCACGAAAAAUAAAGAAUUUAAAAAAAAACAAUAGUCCAUGCGAGAGAUUACUAGAGCAUGGACAAGCUCCUUGGUAGCAUCUUGUGUAAAAAAGGGGCAGAUGCGGGCGAUAACAUGACCAGUAUCAGAUUGACAGCCAUUAUCAAUAUUUUUAGAUGCUCCUGCAUAAUUUCAGAAAUUAUCCAUAAAUUUCCUAUGUCAUUAUAACUAACAUCACACUAGAUCAGAUUGCAUUAUGUUCUACUUUGGUUAUAUAAAAGGAAGUAAUAACUUUAUUUUUAGACAUGUACGGGAAGUAGCCCCUUGAUGGCAGACAGACUGGCAACACUUUUCCAUUAAUAUAUAUCAGACACUCACUGGCGUUACCUUUCAGUUUAGUUCUCUUCUUUUCAAUUAAACAUUUGACAAUGAAAUAAGCAUUGUAAAUAAACAUUCAAUAUUUACGGAUCUGCUACACAUUGUCAAACAGUGUUGCCAAACAAAAGUCUAAAUUACAAUUUCAUGUUUGAUACUUAUUGAAUAAAAGGCCUUAUGCCUGCUGUUAAACAGUUUCAGAAGAACAGUCACCAAAACAUUCACUCAUAGCUGGGUAAAACGGUAGAUCGCUAGUCUGUGUGAUACCAAAUACCAUUGCAUCAGCAACAUUUGUUCCAUCUCCCAGUGGUUGAUCCUUGGCUUUGCUCCACCUUUUUGGUGUGAAUUCUUUUCCCAGUUCCUGUUCCCAUUUAAGCAUGUUUGGUAAUUUGGCAGGUAUUGAAACUGUAUUUGAGGAUGCAUAAAUUAAUACCAAUUGUUUAGUCUUACUUGUGGAAUGAAUUCAUCUGGUACUGGGUAGCAUCAGCAUUGAAAUGUUUGGAUAUGGUGGUUUCUAUUCUCAGAUAGGUGAACAAUUCAUUGAUGGGUAGUGAGUAUUCGCUUUGGAGAUCUGGGAAGUGCCAUAUUUUGUGUUGGACAUAAUCUGGUGAACUUUUAGUAUUUUAGUAUGCCUGCCUGAGACCAACAGGAACAGUGUACAGAUUGGGUCUAGAAUUUUAUCAAUCCAUUUAUGCUAUACUGUGAGCGAUAGCCUCAAAAAUCCCAAAUUAUCCCCCUUUGUUGGCAUGGUAAAGUGACAGGGUAACAAUCUCAAAUAUUCUGGUAUUGCUCAGCUCUCAAAUAGUACUGACGUUAAGUUCAACCAUUGAUACAAAAGCUAACUAACACCACCAUACAUAUUAAUCCUGAAUUGUUUGUUUUGGACAUGCCAUCAGAGACACUACGGGGACCAGCAAAAAAGUUAACAGUACACACACCGGUCACUGCAAAACCUUGCAUAGCACAUCACUAGAAAUCCCCUACCCCCAUGUUCUCCAUGGUGCUGAACACCACUAAAUCUAAUAGAAUGUAUGAGGCAAUGACUCACACAGUGAAUGGCACAAUCUCAAGGCAUGAAAAAGUCUGGGCGUCAUGGCAUGCUGUAUACACAGUACUGAGUUCUCCUGGUGCACAGUGAGACUAUGAACCCAACUGGCAUAUGUUUAUAUAUGUAUUUUACUGUUUGUUUCUGUAUGCAUCAUUUCCUUUUUUAAUUAGACGAGUGCUCAGAUUGUUCUGAUCCUUAAUUGUUUAUUGUGCACAUUGUUUCUUUACUCUUAUGUCUUAUUUAAAACCAAUAAAAAAAAAUUGAGACAUGAAAAUGGUAUAUUGAUUCUGUAGAAUUUCAAGUGCCAUUAUGUUUACAUUUAGAAUGGCAGAACAUCAUGGAAGUUCUUGUUGUGCAACAUCUGAGGAUCUACCGUUUAUCUACUAAACUUUAACUAAACCAUCAGAUACAUCAAGAACUCAACGCCUAAAAAUAAUAAUAAAUGAAUAGUUAAAAACAUAUGUAAAGGUUUGCACAAGAGUAGAAUGAACAUUAAGAACACCUCCCCUGAGUGAAAUAAUUGCAUGUUCUGGCAAAAACACUAGCAAAUCAAAACAACUUUAGUUUAACCCCUUAAGGACCAAACUUCUGGAAUAAAAGGAAAUCAUGACAUGUCACACAUGUCAUGUGUCCUUAAGGGGUUAAAGGAACACUAUUGUGUUAGGAAUACAAACAAGCAGGCAAAUAACUGAGCAGAUCAGACAUUCUUAAUUAGACACACUUUGCAACAAAGAAAGUUUAAAAAUUUGACCUCUUUUUACAGGAAGUAUGUAGAAAGGCAGUCUAAUUUACUGGCAGAGGAGGUGUGGAUAGGGCUGCCUAAGCAAAGUGAUUUAAAGGAACACUAUAGCACUAAGAAUGCAACCAUGUCACCAAUGUGCCUUGACACGGCAACUGCAUUAGGUCCCUAGAUCCACCUGAUACUCCCAGUUACCAAAGUUGCUUAAUGUGUGAUUUGGGACCUGUGUGUCUCCUGAUUGUUACUACUCUUACAGACCGCGAGUCUGCUCGUGCAUCUAUCACUGCUACAAAGCAGUUGCUUUACAUGAAAUAUUGUGUUCUUGCAUAGAACACUGGCUUAAUGAUAGAGUGCAGAGAGUAGUUGUAAACGGAAAAUUUUCAAAUUGAACAAAAGUGGUAAGUGGAGUGCCUUAGUGUUCUGUCCUUGGUCCGCUUCUCUGUGUUUGCAGAACACACAAAACUAGGUAAGAAAAUACAGCCUGAACAUGAUAUAAAACUUCUCUGCAGAGGGGUUUAGAUAAAUUGGGGGGGCUAGGCAGGCAAGUGGAAUAUUAGAUUUAAUACAGAUAAAUGUAAAGUCGUGCAUUAUGGAAUAAGGUACCCACAAACCACUUAUACAUCAGAUGGGAUAGAGUUAAGGAUAACAUUAAAUGAAAAGGGAGUAUAAAUAAGGUGUGUAGGCACUUCUCAAAAAUUUAAUAAAGGGUGUAUCACAUCACAGGUGUAUCCCCUAUCACCAUACAAAAUUCACAAAAUCAAACAAAGUGGUUCACCCCAGGAGAAUGCACACAAAUAAAAAUGUCAGCAUACAGGCCAGACAGAAUAUUUUACAAAAUAUAAAAACAAUACAUAGUGCUUUCUGUAUAUAUAAAACCAUAUAAGACACCAAUAGAAUACAACCUGAUUUGGCUCUAUACUGUGUAGGUUUAUUCUGUUGGUGGCCAUAGGUUCACCAUCAAUGCAGAGUAGGCACCUGCCUGCCCAAAACGUCAGGCGCCUACUCUGCUUCCGUGUCGGGAGGCAGGGGGAGGGAUAUGUAUAGCAGCUCCCCUGUCCUCCCGCCAUCAAUCUGUGUGGAGCGUUGACGCGCGUUGCCAUGGCAACACUCCACACAGCAUCGCGCGGGAGGACAGGGGAGCUGCUUCACAUAUCCCUCCCCCUGCCUUCCGACACGGAAGCAGUACUUACCACCACCGGACCACCAGGGAUGGCUGUGUGUCCCCCCUCCUUCAUUAAAGGUAAGAAGGAGGGAGGGGGAAUACUGAUUUAGCAUAUAUAUAUAUUUUUUUAAAACACCUUUACCCCCCCAUAACCCCUCCCCACACACACAGUACCCCUACCCCCCCACACCCAGCAUCCCUCCCCUCCCCAGCACCCCUACCCCCCACACACAUCACCCCUACCCCCACACACACACAGCAACCCUACCACCCUCACACACACAGCACCCCUACCCCCACACACACAGCACCCCUAACACCCCCACACACCCCCCCACCCCCCACACACAGCCCCUACCCCCACACACAGCACCCCUACCCCCACACACACAGCACCCUACCCCUCACACAGCACCCCUACCCCCCACACACACAGCACCCCUACCACCUCCACACACACAGCACCCCCCCCCCACACACAGCACCCCUACACACACACCCUACCCCACACCCCCCACACAGCACCCUACCCCAACAGACACAGCACCCCUCCCACACACACACACAGCACCCCUCCCCCCACAACACACACACAGCACAGAACCCUUACCCCACACAGCACCUCUACCCCCCCACACACAGUACCCCAUACACACACAGCACCCAUCACACACAACACCCCUCAGACACCCACACACAACACCCCUCACACACACACACACACACCCUCACACACCACACCCCACACACACAGCACCCCACACACACUCACAGCAUCCCCCCCACACACACACAGCAGUCUGUGUGUGUGUAUUCUGCAGUCUGUGUGUGUGCGCGUGUAUUCAGCAGUGUGUGUAUUCAGCGGACUGUGUGUGUGUGUAUUCAGCGGACUGUAUGUAUGUAUCAAAUCCUGCUUUAGGCAAGGCAGCUUAGGGUGUGGGGAAACGCUAUAUAAAUGUUUUAAUUGCACAUAAUAUUAGGAAUAAUCCACUGAUUAUUCCAACUGCUCAAGUAAUGUUCAAAAGCAUUGUAUGAAUAAACGGAUUAUGAAAUUAUAGAAAAACGCUUAUUUUAAAUCUGUUUUGUUCUGCACACUGAAGUAAGAACACUUUAAGGGUUGGGGGCUUCUCUCGCUUUAGCACUUACUUACUUAUUUAUGCCCAUGUUUAACUAUAUUGGCACUUUGCAUUAAACCAACCUGAAUACUUGACUUUUUAGAAAGUUGCCCCCAUUCAUAUUUGAAAGGGCCUCAUGUCCUGCAAGUGUCUUCAAUUUUAAUACAUUAUAUAGAUCAAGGAUGCCUUAAAGGUAGAUCCUGAAAAAUUGAAUAACUUUCACUCAUAUAAUGCUUUACCUGCCUUUAAAUUUGCUAAGCAGCGUGGAAGGUGUAAUACAAAAACAUCUCCUACAUUUGAAAUUCCUGCACUUGCUGCGUAUGCCUGGAUUUAUAUAGUCUGCGGUGAGCUCCAUACCAGUACAUGGCUCAUCCAAUCUGGAUACAGUUUUUCAGUAAAAUGAAUGUAGAAAGGUCCAGGCACUCCAGAAUUCAAAAAAGGCAAUUUAUUGAAUCCACAGCCAAACCAACGUUUCGACCAAUAUGGUCUUUAUCAAGCUGAUAAAGACCAUAUUGGUCGAAACGUUGCUUUGACUGUGGGUUCAAUAAAUUGCCUUUUUUGAAUACUGGAGUGCCUGGACCUUUCUACAUUUGUUCUACUGGUUUCCUGGUGUUUCUUUUUAGGGGGUUCCACCUUUUUCAUUCUUUGGACAAUUUUUCAGUAAGACCUGUAUAUAAGCCCUAAGGGUUUAAAACGUGUAGUUUUGCCCUUAGCAGCAGUUUCAUUGAUCCUAUAUGAUGAAUGGAAGUGCUGCCUAAGCGGAUGGCAAGUUUUGUAUAUACUUGGGCUUGCUGUAAUCUGUAAUGAGCCUUCUUCAUAUGACAACAUUUUCUGUGGAAUGUAUAAUAAGACAUGGAAAAGGCUGUGAUCACACAUGUAUUUUUAUUCCACUUAAAAAUAAAUAAAUAAAUCACUGAAUUUAACACACUUAACACACAUUAAUACCUAUGCAAGGAGCAUAAGUCACAUUGUGUGGAGUGCCCUUCUAGCCAUGAGCAUAACAGAUAGUGGGGGAUACUUAUCAAGGCAAAACCGAUAUGCUAUUUUGGGAACAUACAGCUGAAUGAGGAACGCUCAUCAUUCACCAUGAACAACAUUGAAGAUUUGACACCCAAAGCAUCACCUGUUUUUACCUGAUAAAUGUCUAGCAUGGGAUAGUAUUCUGAUCUUAGUCAUUAAAAACACAAUGUACUAACACUCAUUAAGAUAGCAAUACCAACCAGGAUGAAACACACUAAAUUACGUGAUUGUCCCCGGUAGGGCCUCUGUACUUCGUUACUUUAUUCUCUUUUUAUUUCAUCAGGGAACAAUAAAAGCACUUGUUAUCUGCAUAUAUAUACAUCCAUAGGUCAGCAUACCCACGCACAAAUCAUAUCCUCAAAAGUUCCCUACCAGCCUUAUAGCAUGUCACUCUUAUGAACAAUGUAUGAUAAUGCAUGCCUAGACUAGAAUGUAUAGUUUAAUGUCUUCUCUAUAAAACAAAAAAUGUGCCUAGCAUAUAAAACCACAUGUCUACAAUCCUAUGUUUAAUGAUCUGUGUGCAACAACCGUUGUGGUAAUGCACACCUGAAUAUUAUUUUCAUGCACAACCUAAAUAAAAAAAAAUAAAAAAAAAAAUAAAAAAAUAAAAAAACCGCAAUGUACUACCACAACGCCCGGCCAAGUCUCUCAUCACAACCAGCCGCCUGUGCGCUUACACCAUCGGAGCCAAGGUGAGCCGUGACCUGGACAUAGUGACCGGGGCACUCCGGGUGGGGGCCAGAUGGCAAGACCUCAUUCAAUGGCUCAGACCCCAGUUACCCUGGAUCCCCCCUCAGCUAUCUCUUUAUCCAUUCCCCCCACAUGGUUUUAGCUUGGCUUCCCUCCCCCAGUGACAUGACUGUGGCUUCCCCGAUCACGUUACAGGGAGUGACCAGAUAGCUGUAGGAAACAAUCUACACAGGGCUGGGUAGUACAUAUCUAUAGCUGUAAUAUCCAGAUAGGAAAGGAGUGCCAGCUCCUGGGGUCAGUCCCUGGUUAAUUAAUAUUAAUUUAUAUUGGAAAUUAAUAUCAACAGUCCCUGGUUCACGUGACGAUUGUGUGUCAUCUAUACACAUAUAUAGUGUGUUUACCCCUAUGCUACACAUUGCGUACCGACCAUUUUUAGUUUCUUCUAUUUUAUUUUUGUUUAUCUUUGUAUUUUUUUAAUAUCUGUAUAUUGUAAUUUUUUAUUCAUAUUAGAUUCAUUAAAUUCAUUAAAAAGUCUAAUAUUAAAAAAAAGAUAGAAAAAACUAUUCUAAAAUCAUUUGGGGAAAAAAGUCAUUUUUGGUUUCGGUUUUGUUUUUUGGCCAAGGGCAUCAUGAAUUUUCGGUUUCGGCCCAGAAUUUUCAUUUCGGUGCAUAACUAGGUUUUAUUUUUUCUAGAAUAUUCUGUCCUGCCUGAAUACUGACAUAAGUAUUAUUUGUGUGCAUUCACUUGGGGUGAACCACUUUGUUUGAUUUUGUGAAUUAAAUGAAAAGGACUUUUGAACAGUUAUAGAUCUUUUUUUCAACUUAGACAACUAUGUAAUGCCAAUUGUCAGUUGACAAACUUAUAUUAUCACUAGAAGGGAGCAGGUCACAGUGCACAGGAUGAUGUCACUAGAGGGAAGCAGAUCGCAGUGCACAGCAUGAUGUCACUAGCGGAAAGCUAGACGAUAUUACUAGAAAAAAGCUGUACACUGGCUAGUGAUCUUUAUACAAAGGAGCUAAUUACAACAUGCAGGCUUGUGAUCAGUGAGAUAAACUUUGGUGUGUAUUUGGAAUUAUCAAUAAUGAUAAUCUCAGAUGUGGCAUAAAUCAUUAAAUGCAUUAAUGUUGUAGACACUGUUGUAUACGUGUUAGAAUAGUCUUUGACAAUGUGUCUGCUAUGUUUACAUUUUGUACACAAGUGUAACUGAGUAGAGUAGAACAUUGCUACUUGCCAAGGGAACCACUGUCAGUGUCUCAUGACUGGAAUUAACAGCAUUUUUUUUUAAACUGAUCUCCAUAUUCAUUCAAAGUAGUACACAAUCUUUAAUCUCUUGGAAGCAAAGUGGGAGCUGGAGCUUUAAAUGAGCUACAAGGGUGGGAAUCACAGUCAGGAUGAGCGAAGGACGGAAAAUGCUCAGAGAUACAGACUGUUGAUUAUAUGACACAUCCAUGUUCAGUCAAAACAAAAAUAUAUUUUGUUUCUCUUGUCACGCUCUAGCUGCGUCAAGCUACUGGAAACCAUAUUGUUUCUCUUGCCAAGAAUAAUGAGUGUGAGUACUCAGUUAUUGGUUAAAUAACUAUUUUAAAAUAGACGUGUGAGUACUCAGCACCCUUUAUUGGAUGUGAUCCAGGCAUGGACAAAUCUCAUUGGAGUUGUAACAUAUAUUGUUGCAGCAUUCUCAUAAUUUUAAUAUAAGGCCAUUCCUGUCUGGUAUUAAUCCAUUCUUUUUUAUAUCCUGACAGAGAUCUAGGGAUGGAGAUGGGGCAUGUGAGGUGUGGAUAUUAAAAUUAAAUGUAGAAAAUCACAUCUCUUUAGAAAAGUGUACUAAAGAACAGGUUUGUCAUGUUAUUUGCUAAAUCGUUAGUAUAAAUUUCAAAGAAAAUGUAGCAUAUAAUGAAAAAAAGGUUGAUACACAAUAUAAGUGAAUUUGAAUUUUAUUCAUCUGUAUAACAUCCAGAGAAGUAGCUGUUCCCCUUAAAAUCAUUAAACUAUAAAUGGCAGCACAUUGAAAUGUAGUUGCCAGGCUACAAUAUAUAUAUAUAUAUUUUUUUUUUUUAUUAAAAAAACAUCUUCAAGGUGGCACAGCUUCCCCCCUCCAACCCCUACCCAAUGCUGCAUGUGUACUACACAGCAUCUCUGCUGUACUGUACACUGAUCCGUACAGAGUGCACACUUCCUAGCAGCUCCUUAGGUGUCUCAUAGGUUAGUGUUGUGACUGAGCUCCUCUGAAGUUUGUCUCUCUUUUUUCCCCAGUUGACUUGUGCACAGAAUUGAAAACUGUUGGAAUACAUGACAGCAUACUAUGGCGGCCUUCAAGUCUGUGCACAGGGCAAAGGGCACUGAAGUGGCACUGAUCAUCCCACCUCAACCAAACGUGCAGCAUUUAAUCCUUGGACCCAGGCAGCACGAUGUCUUGGCUGGCCCUGCUCACAUUUUCCCAUAUUUCACAGUGCCACCCAGUGUCUCCAAGAGUCCCCAUGUCUCACACUGUUCCCACUUCUCCCAGUGUCUCUGUGUCCCCAUGUCUUACAGUGUUCCCACUUCUCCCAGUGUCUCUGUGUCCCCAUGUCUCACAGUGUCUUACAAUGUCCCCAUGUCUCACAGUGUCUCGUUCUGUAUCUCCAUGUCUCUCUUAUUGUCUCCCGGUGUCUCUCAGUGUCUCACAGUGUCUCUGUGUCCCCAUAUCUUAGUCUCCCAGUGUUCUCAUGUCUACCAGUGUCCCGAUCUCUCACCGUGUCCCCUAGUGUUUGUUCCUUUGUCUCACAAUGUCUCUUUGCAGCCUAUCCUUCCAAUUGUCUCCUCCAUCCCUCACUUACUUGAGCUGCUGGCUGGACUCUCAGAGCUGCUCCCCCGCGGAUUCAGCAAGUCGAGAGAAGCAGGGAGGGAGAUGAUGUAAUUUCCUACUCUGCCUCUCUCCACACACGGCAACUCCUACAGGCUGGCACCGGUAUUGCAGUCUAAUCUCAGUUUAUACUGAGAAAAAUGCCAUUUGUAUUGCCGGUAUUAUUGCUAUACGGUUCCUGCUGCUCUGUUAUCAAUCAUAGGAGGCUGACUGGAGUACAGAGGACAUUGACCAAGAUGGAUCUCCCCUCACCAGCCCAUCAAAGCUCCAAAAAGUCAAAUUAUAAUUGUUGUAAAUAGGUUCCCCCUACAGUACAGGCAAAUGUAGGCAUCCUAAUGGGAAAUCCAGCAUUGAAGAUGGAGUGAAAGCAGCCUAAAACCAUUUGAUUAUUUACAAUUUGGGGAGUGGGGGGCUCAGGGCACUCUUAGCACCAUAAAUACUGCAAUGUGCUGUUGCUUUAAAUUAUAAUAUAGCAAGCCACUUAUAUGUACAAUUGGAGAUGAGCAAAUUUAGUGUAGAUUUGCAAAUUUCAGCAGCAUUGUGCAACAGAAUUUUGGCUGUGCUGUGGUCUCAAACCUUGAAAAUACAUUACAGCUACUAUUCACUAUAUAUAACAGAGACUAUAAUGUGAUAAUUAUUUUAUUUAGAUUUAAUAAAGGUGUAUUUUUAUAUUAGUGGUGUACAUUUGGUUCUAUUUUUGUACAUAUUUAUAUUUGGCAUUACUUGAGCUUGUUGUGCCAUGUGUAGAAUAAGGUUGGAAAAUAUAUAAUUGGAGGUCUAGUAUUUAUAUGUAGGUAUGCCCCUACAUACUAAUAGUUACUCUGUGGUCUUCCCUGCUUCUGGAGCCAGUACCAAGUACCAAAUGUGUUCCUAUGGUUUAUCAGCUGCUGAAAAUAACCAUGUAUUGCUUAGUCUAUGUAUGUCUGUCAAUCAUUAUUUUUUUUAUAAUGCAUUGUUUUCCACAGGGCUGUACAAUGGAGGGACUAAACAAGUAAUUUCAACAAGACUAGAUGGACAUUCAGUGCCCCCUGCUCAACACGUUUACAGUCUGUCUAUCUUUUUGGCUAGUUCUUUCUAUUUAUCUAGCAUGUUGACAUAUAGAGAAUGAAAAAUUCUGUAACUAUUCCAUUAAAGUCUUCCCCCAUCUCUGCUAGCAACAUUUGUGAACUAAUGACCUGAUAGAGUUUUAAUAAUCUUUCUGUUUUGGAUUUUUGGCAUCAUGGUGCACUUGUGGUGAGCAUUCUAACUCUGUCAUUGUCUCUCUGUCUCUCUCCAGUUUUCACAGCUCAUAAAGAUUUUUCAGCGGCUGGGUGCUGACAAGUUCCCUUUGGUGGAUCAGUCCUUCUUCCCUAACCACAAGCAGAUGGUGAGUGUCACUGGUUUCCCAUAUGGCUUUAAAACCAGACAGGGAUAUGUCUCCAGGCAGAGGGAAUAGAUCACAAGGGAGAUAUGUAAAUGGAGCCUGCUUUUGUAUUGACAAGUGCUGUUUAAAGGAACAGUGGAUUCAUACAUGUUGUUUUGAUGUAAAAUUACUCGAAUAAAGGAUUGCUUGACUUUCCAUUAUACCCAAAGUUCCUUACCAGGACGGUUCAUUCCAACCUUGCAACUGCCCUUAAGUUUAUACAUCUUAAUACAGCCAAGGCACUUCAUAAACAUGUGUAACCUUGCAGUAUGCAAUGUCUUAAGCGCCUGAAAGCAUGUCUGGAGCAUAAUGUACAACAGUUUUUAGAAUUCCAAGUUAUGAAAUAGUGCCGUGCAGAUAAAGGUUAACAUGUUGAUCAAUCCAUAACUGAAAUGUAAAAAAUAAAGCAGAAAGCCAUAGUGCUAAAUUGUGCAUCUGAAUUGUGUCCUUUGCCAGGAGAACUUAUCUGUUAAGCAAGGCUUUUGCCAGCUGUGACAAUAAUUGAUUUAAGAAAGCACAAUACCAAAUUAAUGUAAGUGGUUUUGGGGUGAGGCAUUCUGGCUUCGGGGCCCAAAAGAUAUGGAAUGGGAAACUCAUGGUGGUGAGAUUAAGGGCAUAAUAUUAAAAGCUUUAGAUGGCUGAUUUAUUAUUUAUGGGUGUUAUACAAGGAUUGUCACAAUAAAAUGAAGAUGAUGUGCUGCACACAGGCAUGAAGUAGAUGAGUUGGAGCUCCAGGAAAAGAUAACAGAAUUUGUAGUAUCAAUAGAAUAGGCUACAAGUAGCACUAUUACAGGAAGUCAUUACAUUGUACCUGAAGAUACUACAUUUCAGCCAAUAAAGGCCUUAAUCAUAUACACAUUGGUUGGUGCUAAUAAUGUGAUCUAGUCACAUUAUACCUAAACAGACAUUGUUAGUUCAAGUCAGGUGCCCAAGUCACAUCAUAACAGGUAUCACUGAACAAGCACAGGUAGGUGCUAUAACUCAAGCAAACUAUUUGAUCUAGCCAAUGAUCCCUUGAUCCUGCAAGAGUUUCUCAUGUUCUUUUUAAAUAUAUUGAUAACUGAAUCUGCCUGAUUACAACCAAAGUCUCCUGAGUGGAAAGAUGCUUCCUGGCAAACAGUGGUAUGACCACUCUCACUCCCAACUAUGUUCCUAACUGAAAGAGGGUGAGCAAACGGGGCAGUUGUUUCCUGGGCCACUUUCCUACUGGGUUUGUGGGCUGCAGACAUUUUUCUGCUGAUUAAAAGCAAGUACUUUGGGAUGUCUACAGGAGUGAGGGAGUAGGCAGUAGUAGCUCAGGGCAGAUAUUUCCUGGUGGACUGUACUAAAACAAAGUGGUUGUUGUUAGUAAAAACAGUAUGUAUCUUUUAGGAUUGCCUCGAGCUCUGUGAGACCACCAUUACUGGCCUCCUAACUGUCCUGCUUUCUAGGAUACUGUCCAGCCUGUCCUUGAUGUCCUGCAACUGUUCCUAAGCAGCACAGCACAAGAACCAUACAAAAGGUGCUUCAAAAGUGCUCUCUGCAUGGUCUUCUGUGUUGGGUGCCAGACGAAGAGGAUGGGAGUCAACCUGGCAUGAUUUAUGCCAGAGUGAUGUGCCCCUUCAAUAGGUACCUUUCUGUAAAAUCCAUAAUUGGAUGCUUUGAGUGAUUAGAACAAUUCACACAUAAAAUCUGUCAGUUCCAUUUGCAAAAUAAAAAACGGUUUUUUUUGUACUUGUCCCAAGGCAAGUUGCUCCCAAUAAGAGAAACAUUGCUUAUUUUAGAAGAGGGUUUACCUAAUUCUGGCUAUAUCUUGCUCUAUAUGCCUUUGACCGUUCAUUUACCAUAGAGACAGAGACCACCAGGAAUAGGAAACUGUUGCUCUUCCAGAUAUUGUGAGGAUAUUGAUCAGAAGUAUAAGUGAAUGGUGCUUUCACAGUGUUAACACGGUUGUGGGGUGUGAAAAGGUGUUCCCCAACACCCUAAAACAGGAUAAUCAAUAAAAAUUGAGAGGAUAUGUCAGGGAAUAACAGGAACAACCAAACAACUUGUAAAAUUCAGGGAUAAAUGUUAAAUACCAGUCCCAUAUAAGGUAUUUACCAAUCAUGAGUGCCAAUCACCUCGAUAUAUUGGCAAGAAAAUUACAUUUCAUGGUUGGUGGUUUUCUAAAAAAUUACAUUUAAUGUAUACAAUUAUUUUUGAUUACACAAAAAACUAGACACCAUGUGGUUUGAGUUUUCCCUGACAGUUUUAUUAUGGCCAAAUGUUACUUUGAUAUACAAUGCCCAAAAACCCAUUAAAAUUCCCAUGCCAGAUAGGUCACCCAGGCAAUAAUAUGACUUUUGCAAGACAGGAUUUUAAUUUUUUUAAAUAUACUUUUUUUUUUUUUUUAAACAAUUGAGUUAAAUAACAUAAAAACAUCUUUACAAUAAUCCAUAGCACAUUUUUUACAUUUAUUGCGUAAUCUGAAAUGUGCACAAAACGUUUUCUUAGCAUGCUGAAUGGGGCCACAAGAUUGUCCAAAGGUUAUUAUUUAUGGAGCCUGUCUUUUCUGUUAUACACUUUUCAGCUCAAGCACAACUAUGUUAUUCAUCCCGGUACAGACUGCAUUCGAUAUAUAUAA